AUGGCAUUGUUCCAGGACAUCUCCUUGACCCCAGAGCUCCUACUGGCCACUGCCAUCUUCUCUAUAGUAUUUUAUGUGGUCAAGGCUUUAAGAACCCGGGUCCCCAAAGGUCUGAAGAGUCCACCUGGACCCUGGGGCUGGCCCAUCAUUGGGCAUAUGCUGACCCUGGGGAAGAACCCACACCUGUCUCUGACCAAGCUGAGCAAGCAGUAUGGGGACGUGCUGCAGAUCCGCAUUGGCUCCACGCCUGUGGUGGUGCUGAGUGGCCUGGACACCAUCCGGCAGGCCCUGGUGAAGCAGGGAGAUGACUUCAAGGGCAGACCAGACCUCUACAGUUUCAGAUUUAUCACUGAUGGCCAGAGCUUGAUCUUCAACCCAGACACUGGACCGGUGUGGGUUGCCCGACGCCGCCUAGCCAUGGAUGCUCUAAAGAGUUUCUCCAUAGCCUCAGACCCAAACUUAUUGUCCUCUUGUUACUUAGAGGAGCAUGUGAGCAAGGAGGCUAACCAUCUAGUCAGCAAGUUCCAGAAGCAGAUGGAAAAAGUUGGGCAUUUUGAACCUGUCAACUUAGUGGUGGAAUCAGUGACUAAUGUCAUUGGAGCCAUGUGCUUUGGGAAGAACUUCCCCCGGAAGAGCGAAGAGAUGCUGAGCAUCGUGAAGAGUAGUGAAGACUUUGUGGAGAAUGUCUCAUCAGGGAAUGCUGUGGACUUCUUCCCCAUCCUGCGCUACCUGCCCAACCCAGCCCUCAAGAAGUUUAAGAACUUCAAUGAUAAAUUUGUGCUGUUCCUACAGAAGACAGUCCAGGAGCACUACCAAGACUUCAGCAAGAACAGUAUCCAGGACAUCACAAGUGCCCUGUUCAUGCACACUGAGAACUCCAAAGACAGCGGUGUCCAAAUCCCUUAUGAGAAGAUUGUCAACAUUGUCAAUGACCUCUUUGGAGCUGGAUUUGACACAGUCACAACAGCCAUCUCCUGGAGCCUUUUGCUCCUUGUGACACGGCCCAAUGUGCAGAGGAAGAUCCACAGGGAGCUGGUCUUUUCUAACACCGUGUUCUCACAGAAGCUGGGAGGACAUAGCUCCCCUUUCCUGCCAGAGCCCACCCACUCAGGUCCUGUCUGUUCCUCUUGCAGGAAGCAGUGGGAAGACCCCUUUGAGUUCCGUCCAGAGCGGUUUCUUACUGAUGACAGCACAGCCAUCAACAAGACUCUGAGUGAAAAGGUCAUGAUUUUUGGCCUGGGAAAGCGUCGGUGCAUUGGAGAGACCCCGGCCAAGUGGGAAGUCUUCCUCUUCUUAGCCAUCCUGCUGCAUCAGCUAGAGUUCAGCGUGCCACCAGGCCUCAAGGUGGACCUGACACCAACCUACGGGCUGACCAUGAAGCCUCCGAUCUGCAAACACCUUCAGGCGUGGCCACGCUUUUCCAAGUGA